GGCUCGAAUCCGACAAGUGAGGCGAGGCGAGCGCAAGGCAGAGGCGGCCGCGAGCGUGAACGUCUGCUCGCCAUUUUCGCUGUUUUUUUCGCAUUUUAUCCCCUUCUCUGCGCUUUCCCUUCUCUCCCCGACCCUUGUCAUGGACCCUGGCGAGGACGGUAAAGUGUCCCUGGAGGGCGCCGCCGCCGCCGUCGCCGCCGUCACCAACGCCCCGUGCGCCCUCCUGGCCGCAGCCUCUCACGCCGCCGACGCUGUGCCGCUCCCGCCGGAGGUGGCCGCCAGCUCCGCCCACAGAGGCGCGGGCUGCCCGCUGGCGCCCACCGUGUCGCUUCCCGCCCCGGCGGUGGCGCCCCUGCAGCCCGAGGCCGACCCUGAGUUCCACUGGGGGCGCCGCCAGAUCUUGUCGCUCAUCGCGAAGGUCGAGGACUUCUUCGAGGACUUCUACGACGGGACCAAGAAGAAGAAGAUGAUCUGGAAGGCCGUCGCCGAGAGGAUGCGCGGGGAGGGCCACAACUGCACGGGCGCCGAGUGCGACAAGAAGUGGCGGAACCUGAAGGUGCGGAGGCGCUCUCGAGCUCUCUUGGGUCCUCCUUCGCUUCUCCCCCUGUUCUCUCCCACUGGAAAUCUUCCGCCCGUUCUUCAUCCUCUUCAGGCAGUUGCCAGUUAUAGAUUUCCUCCUCCUCCACCUCCCCCUUGCCAGGCUGUGCUCCUUUAAUGGCCUUCCUCCUCCUCCUCCUUAUUUGGCGCUUGGGCAGAGCG